UUGCUGCUAAGCGGAAACAGCUCGUUGUUACCGCGUGCGUUGCAGGUGAGCUUCCCCCCAGCCAAUCACUCUGCACUGACACCUGUUGACAGAAGCAGUCAAGACAGAAACAGUCCACCGAUCUAUAACUCCUCACUAUGUCCUCCCUGGAAGAUGAGGCUGUGGAGCAGAACACGGUGGAGGGACUCACCUCUUCACCAUCCUCUGACACUGAUACCAGCACUGGAGCAAUCAUAACCAUCACCAUUGGAGCAACCGUGCCCACUGGAUUUGAGCACACUGCUGCAGAGGAGGUCAAAGAGAAGAUUGGGAGUGAUGCUCGAAUCAGCAAAGAUAGAGGCCGUAUAUAUUUUCCCAUCACUACUGACAAGCUCUUCCAAGUUCAUCUUUUGUGUUCUGUGGACAAUCUGUUUGUUGUGGUUGCAGAAUUUGAUUGUUAUCAGUUUAAAGAAUCUAAGGAGGAGACCCUGAAGGAGUUGCAGGAGCUUGCAUCUACGCUUCCCUGGACUAAUGCUCUUGAGGUCUGGAGACUUAACAGAACCCUUAAGAAGAAGAAAGGUCACAGAAAAGUGGGAAACACCACUAGAGCAAAAUCUAAAGCAGCGCCCAGUGAUGUGGCUGCUUCUGCUGAAGCAGCGCCGCACAAGUUACCUCAGGAGACGUCUCUAGCCGACAGUGACACCAAGUCAGUGGUCACCCCAGACUCAGAAACGUGUCAGCAGGACUUGGAGGAGACUGCAAACGAUGCCAAAGUCAUCAAGUUCCGUGUGACGUGCAACAGGGCCGGUGACAAACACAGCUUUUCUUCUAAUGAGGCAGCCAGAGACUUCGGAGGAGCCGUGCAGGAAUUCUUCCAGUGGAAAGCAGACAUGACGAAGUUUGACAUUGAGGUUCUGCUCAACAUACAUAAUGAAGAGGUGGUGAUUGGGAUCGCACUCACAGAGGAGAGUCUUCACAGGAGGAACAUCAGUCACUUUGGACCUACUACCCUGCGUUCUACCCUGUGCUACGGCAUGCUCAGGCUGUGUAAACCUCAGGAGUCUGAUAUAAUACUUGAUCCAAUGUGUGGGACUGGAGCCAUACCACUAGAGGGUGCUAUUGAAUUUGGUGAAUCGUUCUACAUUGCAGGAGAUAACAAUGACAUGGCAGUGAGCCGCACAGUCAACAACAUAUGUCACAUUCAGAAAAGAAGGGCGGAGAAAGGCAGCCCAUCUGGAUUACCCAUUGACACAGUGCAGUGGGAUCUAAGCAAUUUACCCGUGAGGACCAGUUCUGUGGACAUCAUCGUCACUGACAUGCCCUUUGGGAAGAGAAUGGGCUCCAGGAAGAAGAACUGGGACUUGUACCCUUCUUGUCUCAGAGAAAUGGCUCGUGUUUGCAGACCAGGCUCAGGAAAAGCCGUGAUUCUGACUCAGGACAAAAAGUGCUUUACAAAGGCUAUUUCCAGAAUGGGAGGACUGUGGAGGAAGCUGCACACUGUUUGGGUGAACGUUGGGGGUUUACAUGCCGGGGUUUACCUCCUCAAGCGGACCGCCGCCAUGUUUGGUCAAACUCCGGAGGACAUCUAUGAAUCAAGAGGGAGGAGUGACGCACAUAUGAAUGAGACGGAUGACAAAGAAUCCUCUGAACUUCAACCCAAUGUUUAAGUGAUGCAAUAUUAGGAAAUGCUGAGAUAAUCUGCUUACUUGACCUGAUUUUUUUUCUCAUCAAGCUUGCCAAACAGUUUUUUUUUAUUAAUAUUUUAUUGGAAAAUAAGCUUAUAUGUUCAGUAGCAGUGAAACGGUUUCAUUUUAACUUAUUUCUGUUCUCAUGUUCGGAACUAACAGCAGUUGACAUCAUCAGACUCGUCGGAUGUGAUUCUCCAUUUGUACAAGAUCUGCACAUUUAAUUACUCUAAUAAAGAUCCAUUAAUGUUGAUGGGUUAUGGAUACUAAGCUGUCACACAGAUAUCUUUGAGUUUUUUUUUAUGUACGUCUUUAAUUGGGUCUUUCUGAUAAAAUGAAACUGCCAACUCAGCAUAACAUGAACCAGAGCCUCCACACUAUCAUACUACAGAGAUUGUUUGUUAAUGUCUUAAACCUGAUGUAAUAGAAGUUAAACCAGAACAUAUGGAAGAUUUUGGACCUCUGAAGAAUUGGUUUAUCGGGUUAAAAAACUAGCCAUUUAAUCAAGGUAGUGUGAGCUCAGUCCCCCCUAAUUCUACCAGUUAUUUAUUUCUGCAAGUUUCAGGGAAAAAUAACAUCUAGAUGUAUAAAUCAAAUGCCUAAGAAGCAAUAUAAACUUGAUUAAGAUAUCUAUGAAACCAAUUUUCACAGAAUGUUGACAAGGGUUUUGAGAUUUUUUAUAUUCCCCAAUUCAUCACAGAUUUAUAUUAAUAGAG